AUCUUCUUUGUUUACAUGAUCAUGGCUCAAUGAAUCACGCAAUGACAUUAUAAUGAACACAUGAAGGGGAUUUGUAUUGGACUUUCCUUUUAAGUCGCAUGUCAUUGUUAGCCGCAGCUCCAUUUACUUAUAAAAGAGUCGCGUCCCAACUUCCAGCUUCUGCGUUUUUCUCUACCUAACAAGACACUUGAUUUAUCAGAAAGACACCACUAUUAUCGCCACUAUAACAACUGUAGAGACGCAUUUACGCCAUGGCUAGUUCCACUGCCCCUAACGACACCAGCAUUAGCGCCCGAUCUAUUGACGGUCAGGCCAAUGCCUUCUUCGAGACUGGUCCUAACUAUAUCCUUUGUGAGAUCCCUGGGAUCAAUGAUGAUAUAUUCCCCAAGGAAUAUCAGGACUCAUGGGACAAGGAUCAUGUGCGGCUACCAUGCUCCAAUCGAAUGUACCCUUCAGAGGUUUCAUUUUGGCCUGAGAUCGUUCAGAGUCUUUCGGAGCCUAUCCUCAGCUCUCGUCAGCUUUCUGAAGCCAUGCUUCGCUGGAAUCCAACAAAGCGAAACGGCUGGAACAUCAAUGCUUUAGAUGCAUUUCUGAACACUCGUAGUGCGGAGGAGGCAGCAGAGGCAAACCAAGGCAUGCACUCAGACGAAUUUUUGGACCCUGAGGAGCAACAGCUGCAGAUUCAUUCUGGCUCCAUUGAUUCAGAUGAAUAUUUGAGCCGCUCGGAUGGAGAUGAAGAUGGUGAUGAUAAUAAUGAAAAGUCUGGACCAUCACAGCAACGACAUCCUCAGAGAUCGGAGCCUCCUGCUGGAAAGAUCUAUCAAGUUGCUCCCACUGAACCCCUCAAAAGCCAAUUCUUGAGUAGUCAAGAACGCCAGCAUUUCUUUGACGUAGUCUUACCUCGUAUGCAGGCGUUGGCUCUCCGCUUGCCGGAAUUGAUCAAGAAGCCAAUUCCAUUUUUGAAACAACAGCAAGAUUCAGCUGUGACGUUGUCACAGGAGCAAAUCGCGUGUUUGUUGGCGAACGCGUUCUUCAACACCUUUCCAGGUCGAAACGCUCCUUACAAGACCAGACGAAAAAAAAGAUCAGUAUCUAGUAGUGGAAAGCCGUCCGGAGCAAAUACCAAUCAAAACCCGAGUCAGGACGAUGGCGAAAGUACUGAUGAAGAUGAAGAUGAAGAAGAUCAUCAUUCCAAGGGGAAGAAGUCUGGCAACAGAUCUGCCCGGGAUGGACGUAAUGGAGGCCGCGGAGGCGGGGGAGCAGGUCAACAGCAGCAACCUUCGCGCGGUAAGAAGAAGGCUUUGCAGGCUCCCCGUCCACCUAGGAAGCCACGUGCUAAAGGGCCUGCCGCUUUGUUUGAGUUUUUUGAAGACUCAUUUGAUCAAGAGAAGCUGGCCUCCAGCGUUGAAAAAUUGGAAGUUAAUGACCAGAAAGGUUUAGCGCAAGGAGGACAGGCAGAGAUAGAGCCAGCUUCAUCAGAGGUCAAAAAUGAAAAGGAAUGGGCACCAAAGCUGCCCUCGAUCAACUUCAUUAGCACUUUUUGGGCCGAGGAGAAAAGAACGCCUUGCACUACUACACAGGCGGCGAGGCUACGCUGCAUUCUGCAUUACUUUGAUCGAGUUACCACCGAAAUGCCCCAGGGUACGGUGACAUAUCACCGACAGGUACUGAAGAGGCCCGUUUACUUGAACCCCAAUGAUCAGCUUAAAGAGGACUCAUUUAAGUUCACCAAGGUGAUAGUUGACAGCAUUACACCUAUUGAGGAGGCGCCUCAAGGAGCAUUGCAGCUAGACUUUGCUAACAGGAAUAUUGGUGGUGGAACACUCGAUAAGGGCGCCGUCCAGGAGGAAAUUCGAUUCAUGAUUUGCCCUGAAUUGAUCGUUUCACGACUUUUCACUCAGCAAUUGGAAGCUAAUGAAGCUGUACUGAUCAAAGGCGCUGAACGGUACUCUAAUUACAUUGGAUACUCUAAGUCUUUUGAGUGGUACUCUGAUCAUCGUGACACUACCCCUCGUGACAAGAUCGGUCGCCGAAUGACCGAGAUUUGCGCUAUUGAUGCUAGGCCUUUCAAGUCUAGAGUUUCACGGCUUGAACAGUUUGAGCGCCACUAUCUUCUGCGUGAGAUUAACAAAGCUAUUGCUGGAUACCGUGUAUCCCCUAUCAACGCUUCUGAAUGGGGCCUUGCUCGUCCGCAAGACCGAGACCAGAUGAUUCCCCAAGGCCAAAAUCAGGCUACAAAUCUCUACCGUCCCAUUGCUACAGGAAACUGGGGCUGCGGCGCUUUUGGCGGUCAUUUACAACUCAAAUUUGUCCUUCAAUGGAUUGCGGCCUCUAUCUGUGGUGCCUUCCAUCCUGAAGACCAACGAACUGGUGAUGACUUACUGUACUAUACAUUUGGUAUGCAUGCACUCAAGGACGAAAUCGAAGCUUUCGUCAAGGCAGUUGAAGCUAUCAACAAACCUAUCGAGCCCAAGCGAGUGAUCGAGUCCAUUAUACACUAUCCUCGUCGGAAUCAAGGCGUCAUUCAAGGUUUCCGAGAAAAGUCAUUGUUUGAAUACUUGAGCAGUGCUAUUGCAUUUGUUCCUCAGACUUAGAUCAGGACUAUUUUUUCCCCUCUUCUAGUCAUUUGCUGUGGUUUUGAUCGAAUAAAAAAUCCACAAUUCAGAC